GAGGCGCCGGCUCGCAGCGGCGCAGCGCUUGCCGCUUUCGGCGCCAUCUUGCCGCCGCGGGGGUAGCGGAGCACCGGAUCGUGCUGGCCCCGCCAUGCCGCACUACCAGGCCUGGGAGGAGUUCACGCGUGCUGCCGAGAAGCUCUACCUCGCCGACCCCAUGAAGGUGCGGGUUGUUCUCAAAUAUCGCCACUGUGAUGGGAACCUCUGUAUCAAAGUCACGGAUGAUGUAGCUUGUUUGCUGUAUAGAACAGACCAGGCACAAGAUGUAAAGAAGAUUGAGAAAUUCCACAGUCAGCUCAUGCGACUCAUGGUGGCAAAGGAAUCCCGCAGUGCUGCCAUGGAAACAGACUGAACUGCUGCAAAUACAAUGAGUGCUCCCGUCAUAUUUCACUGGAAGAAGAUAUCUCUUGGAUUUGAACAAAUACUGGGACAGGAGAUGCUUUCAUGAACUAAGUGGACUGAUGGCAAGUCUGCAGCAUUUCCCCUCCCACCUUCCAGGCUCUGCUUUGGAAAACUAGGGAAAUAAAUGCUUUCAGUUGAAAGCUUAUAUUUAUUUUGGGGAAUUGAACAAGAAACUAGUCUUACCCAGUAGGUAUGCUAAGAAGACAAGUAAAUAUUUAAAAUCUAUAGUACUUCAAUCUGAAUUUGAUGGGCCACAAGCUUCUUUCUGGAAAGUAACUAUUUCAUACAGGUUUCAUUGUGUUCAUACCUUAUGCUGGUAUAUUUGCACAGUGGGAAGGUUUAUUAACCUGACUAGUACUGUAGCAUGAUGACUGGAUCUAAUAAAUAUCUACAUAAAUGAUACACAUCAGUGGAGUUUAGGAGAACAGAUGUUUUCUGCACUGCAGUGUUAAAAUUGCCAUUAUGUAUUAGCGCUGUCAUUAGCAAGACUUCAGCUUUUACUAUUGAUCUUGGUCACAAGCUGUGCAUUAUCUGUGAUGCAGUUUGCAGAACACUUACAAUGGUUAAAUAAAACUUCCGUAUUUUAAAAAUGGAAGUAGAACUUCACUUGAACAUUGCUAGAGAUGGGUGAGAAACUGGGAUUUUCUUUUCUGCUUAUGAAAAUAUUAAAGAGUAGUGGCUUUUUUCCAGACUUGGAACUAUUUUAGACUAGGCAGGGGACCUUUUCCUAUCCUUGCUUCAGGCAUUGUUGAAGUAUAUCAGCAAGACAAUUUCUGGAAUCUCUUGCCUGUUGUAUUAAUAGAAAAAAAUGCAGCCAAACACUCCAGCUUCCUUAUUUUAGCAGUUUGCAAACUGCAUUUUCAGAUAUUAUAUGUGGCAGGUGGAUGUCAGCCAACUGAAUCAAUGGCUGAAAACCAGCUUAAUAAACACUUAAAAUACCACUGUCAAAAACAGACCAAUGCUUCUGUGGUUUAGACUUGUUUUUCACUGGUACUUCUGGGAAGGUGAUGGAAGGCUUUUUGCUGGAGAUCCCAGUAGCUGAAAUGGAACUUGCUCUGACUAGUUCUUGCAUACUUAAAACCAGAUGAGUAUUUUAAUGAGAUUAGCUUAUUGGCAUAACUAGACUUUUCCAGGACUAAUGUUUUGGGUUAAACCAAGCCACAAAAGUCUGUAGUGGCAUUUAUGUAACAAAACAAUUGACUGAAAUAGCUACCUGCUGUCACAUAAAAAUAAUUGAGCUACUUGGAAGUAGUAUCGUUCCCACAUUUGCCAAAGGCUUGGAAAAAAACCCAGGCUUGAAUAUUGCAUUAGAGUACCCUUUUAACUGAACAUAUGACGAUGCAUAUUGUUGGAAUAGAGCUAAAUUCCCAGUGAAGACUCACAUCCUAGUCUACAGGAGUGACUGGUGUGUAUGUAAUGGGUUUGGGUUUGUAUUGGCUUUUGAAAUACAAAUAAAUCCAGAGAGAAGGUUAAA